UCUGCUGCUGUAGAAGUCAACUAGUCAACCUCUCUGAAGUUCUGCAACUUUUCUUUUUCUUGCUUUUUGUAGUUAAAGAGGCCCCUUUUGGUGCAAAAGAAAGAGAGAGAAAAUGAUCACCUUGAUUUCCUUCGCUUUGAUUUCCCUGUGCCUGACGAACAGCUACGCGCAAGUCUACUUCCCAGGGGACAGCACUCACCUCAGUGUGACCACACACCAGGAGAAAAUCGUGAGCCACCGCGGUGGCAAUGCCACCCUGCCCUGCAGACUGGACCGUGACAUUGACUCUUUCUUCGGCUCCGGCGGCAUGAGGAUCAAGUGGACCAAGCUGACCGCUGAUAGCUCCAAGGAGAUCGAUGUCCUCGUGGCCAUGGGCUUCCACAAGAAGAGCUACGGCAGCUUCCAGGGCCGCGUGUACCUGCAGGAGGCCGACGAGAACGACGCCUCACUGGUCUUCAGCGAGGUCCACCUGGACGACUACGGACAGUACAAGUGCGAGGUCAUCGAUGGGAUGGACGAUGCUACCGAUGUGGUGUCCCUGGAACUGACAGGUGUAGUGUUCCCCUACUCUCCACGACUUGGACGUUACAACCUUAACUUCCAUGAUGCUGAGAGGGCGUGCCUGGAACAGGAUGCUAUUGUGGCCUCCUACGACCAGCUCUACGAGGCCUGGAGGGGCGGCUUUGACUGGUGCAAUGCUGGCUGGCUGAACGACGGGUCUGUGCAGUACCCCAUCACCACCCCCAGGGGGCCCUGCGGAGGCAACAACACCCAGCCCGGUCUGAGGAACUACGGCAUGCGCGACAAGACGAACAACCGCUACGAUGUCUUCUGCUUUACCUCCACCUUCAACGGGCGCUUCUACUACUUGGAACACGCUGAGAAGUUCUCAUACGACGAGGCUGUCGAGGCCUGCAAGAAGGACGGAGCCCAGAUCGCCAAGGUGGGCCAGGUAUUCGCCGCCUGGAAGCUGCUGGGUUACGACCGGUGCGAUGCGGGCUGGCUGGCCGACGGGAGCGUGCGCUACCCCAUCUCCAACCCCAGAAAGCGCUGCAGCCCGACCGAGGCGGCCGUGCGCUUCGUCGGUUUCCCCGACAAGAAACACAAGCUGUUUGGGGCCUAUUGCUUCAAGUCCUUCAACUGAGAGACGAGCGAGGCCCGAGAACCGAUGCUUUUUCACAAACGAAAGAAAGUGUACAAAAACACAUGGGACUAACUCUUUA